UCAAACAAAUUCGGGCCACUCCCACAGCAUCCAUUUCUAUCACUCAAUUACAACAUCAAAUCAUAGUACAUCUGCCGUUUAUCUGUUCUCUCCAUGGCCGCUGCUCAUUGCGAAUCCACCAGCAUUCCACCUGUAGGCCCACUAGCUCGUGCCACCAGCAUGCCGCUUCAUCGGCAAAGCUCCCUUGACGCCUUCAGACAACGUGUGAAGCCGCUUAAGAUCGAGUCCCCUGCCACGUCAGACGAGCCCGAGCAAGGGGGGCCGCUGAAUCUGUGGGACAUUAAUUAUGAUGAGAUAUUUCCACAAUGUGCGCGGCUCGCGGAGCAAUUCAGCCACGUGUCACUUCACCAGCAACGUACCAGUGAGCGCCACGUUCGGUCUAAAAGUGAAAUGCCGACGGCGAUUCCGCCACCAAGUCACCAGAGCCGCUUCGAAGAAAUUGCCGUCCGUCUUACGUCAUCGCCGCCGUCUCCGACGGUCAACCCUUCAUCAGGAGCCGCAAGCUACCGUGAAAUGCGCUCCCGCGUUCUCGGGUGCACUCUCGGCACGCCAUGCACCGUGUCGCUCGCCAACUCGCGGCAUCGAGAGGAAGGCUCACGAUCGCAAGACGCUGGACGUUUCGAGGCGCAGCAAGACGAGGCGGGCUUGCGUGAUUGGUGCUGGGUUAGGCAGGGGAAGAGUAGCAGCCUUGGAGGAGAAAUCGAAGUAGCCGAACCCAGAUACAGUGACAACGGUGUGUAUGUUAGCGGAGUAGACUUUAACGGCGCAGAGAAUCAGCGAACAGCGGAGUUUUCCUGCCCGCGUUACCUGAGCAAGCAGGCGUCUGAACCGCGAAUGUCUGGCCCAGUGUUCAAACACUACGAUUGGUCGUCAGAGUUUGGCGAAGUUCCUGAACGACGAGCAAGAAGUUUCGCUCUCGACCGGUUACCCGUGGCGAGCAUUUGCGACGUGUACCUCGGGCUUGACGAUCUGGACGACGCUUCUUUCGCUAAUGACGACGACGCCUUGUUCCCCGACGAGGUGCUUUUCGUAAGCGAAAUCGGCACUGCUUGCGAAGAGUUCGCGAACGAAGACGAAAUGGUGAAGGCACACACUGAAGAAGUCCAACGGGAAAAGUGACCGCGUGUUGCGAGGGCAGUCUGUUACGGGGAAAUCCCUUCAUUGGUGGGGCAAUGCCCCAAUCAGGAGUCCGGCGCUGAGGCUUCAGCGCAGCACCGCCCGAUGAGAGCAUGUUUUGCUCGCAGCCGUCGAUCAAGGGCAAUGGGGGGGGCGGAACCCCAGAGAUCCCCUGGUGAGGAAUCCUGGUUUUUAGAGCUGGAUUCACCUAAAGUGUAGGCCCUAAGUUUCCGAUGGGUUGACAUGAUUUGUGGUAAUAAAGGCAAUAUCUGCUU